AUACUCAUCCUUUCUCAAUUGCAAAGUGUAAUAGUACCUGUAAAUAGUGCAUCAUAGCUCAUCAUUUGUGUAGAAAACAAUUUGUAAUAAAUAAUUAAAUGUUUCAAUGUGAGCUUAAAGGUUAAAAAUGUCCAGCAAAGCAAAAACUGCAAAUAGUUGUGAGACAGGAAAAGAAACCACCAAAGGAUUCUCUACCCGUUUUGCACUAUCAAGACUGCAUGACGAAUUAGAGAAAAUACUAUUAGAAUUUGAACAAAAAUAUGCGAAUGAAAGUUGUUAUCGCAAAAUACGUUCAGCAUUUGUAAAGAGAUACGAUAGCCCACUUGGUUGGUUUGCUAUCACAACAUCUCUCUUAACGAUAAUAGCUCUACUUGUAGCGAAUUCAUAUUUGGCAGCUAUAUCUUUAACACUUUGUACAAUAUUGGAUUUAUAUUUUGUAAUACGUGAGAAUAAUUUACGACGUACUGAAAUUUAUCGUAAAACUCGUGCUUGUCUAAUCGACAUAAAGCUUGCCGAACAGGAGCUUUCUGCAGAUUGGCAACCUUGUAAUUAUCCGCAUUUAAGCUCACCAAUAUCGCCAUGUGUUACUUUGCAAUGGACAUAUCGAGAUGGUGUUAUUGUAAAUUUACCUUGGUCACUAUUAGUUAGAGGUGAUCACAUAGUAAUUCGACCUGGUCAUAUGACGCCAGGACCAUGUAGCGAAAUUGGAGGUAAAAAAUGUUUCAAAAUGAAUGAAGUUUAUGGUGUGGCUGUAAAUACAGAUCCACCUGUAAAACCAGUAGCACGAGCACCUUUGCCCGACUUAAUUUGCUCAUUAGAAAAUACACCAUAUUCAGAACAUUUACGUACAAUUUUGGAAAACUCGCUUAAACGUCCACCGACAAUUUAUAAUCAACAACGUUAUUUGUUAGUUACAAAAUACAUACAGCAAUGGGGCUUUAUAUUAAUGAUGUGCUUAACUCUUUUUGCUGGAAUAUUGCGUAUGCAUGGUGUUGGUCUGAAACCAGCGAAUGCAAAUGAUGAGCAGCAUCACUGGAAAUAUAUUCUAUUUGAAUCACCUGCUGCUGCCGUUAUACCAUUACUGCCAUUAAUAUUUCCAAUAAUGUGGAUCUCAAUGAAUCUUUGGGGUAUAGCCAGGUUGCAGUGUUUUAUAAAAACACCACAAGCACUACUACCGAAACACAUGCAGACAUCAUUUGAGGAAGAUUUAGAUACACCCACUUACGACUAUGAUAAUAUUAAAUUAAUGAGAUCGCAUGUAUUUUAUAAUUGGAUGAAAUUAUGGAAUGGUGAUAGUCAACUUCUAGCUCGUUCUGCAAAUGUAGUACAAGUUUUAGGUUCCAUAACUGCACUAUGUUGUGUUGAUAAGAAAGGUAUACUAUCAUGGCCUAACCCAACUGCAGAGAAGGUUUUCUUUUUACACGAAAACGAUGAAAUUAAUUUGGAGGAACAUAGUAAUAGUCAAUCAACUUUACAUACUGAAAGCGACGAACCACCAGUACAUCAUAAUAAUAAAGAUGGAGGUAUUGUCGCUGAAGUGCUGGAUUUGACACAUGACCAACAUUGUCCAUUUCGUUUGGAGUUUGACGAUCAUGAAUGGAAAGCGCAUAUCAAUUCAUUAAAACCGCUUGGACUUGCUAUACUGGUCAACACUUGCUCUCCUCUUACGCACGCGCAUUAUUCUCAGUUUUGCGGUCAUGUCACCGCAGUUGCUACGUUGGAUAAAGAUCUGGUUCCCGUAACAAAUCGGUAUGCGAUGAUUGAGACCAGUAUGAAUACAUUUUUGCAUGGACGUUGUCUGUGCGAAUUAGCUAAGCAGAUAGGUUUUACAGAUCAUGCAACCGAUCGUUUCCUGCUAGAAGGACAAUUGGCUUCAUAUAGACAUUUGCAACCAGACGUUGUGCGCCGUGAUAUACGUUUUGCGCGUCAAUUACAACUCUCGACUAAAGUAAAGGUUCCAUUUCCCCACUCGCUGUCGGUUGUCAUGCGUGAAAAUCCUGGUGGCUAUUUAUCGCUAUUUACACAGGGCACUGCAGAUAUUAUCUUAGAUUAUUGCGAUGAUUUUUGGGAUGGUAAAGACCUUCGACCAUUAUCAACACAGGACCGUAAACGUGCUUUGGACUUUUAUCAGAGAAGCGCCUUAACAGCCUACUGCACUGCAUUUGCAUAUCGUCCACUACGUCAUGGCAUAAAUAGUGCCCUAAAUGGUGCACAACAUAAGGGUGGACCUAUUGCUUAUCUUGAAUUACCACCCGAGUCGAAAAUACGUAUGCAGCAUGUAGAUAAAGCGCACUGUGAUUUUGAGUGCGGUAACACUAAAUUAAGUCAUAGCAUCAGUACCGAUUCUCUUUUAUUUUCUGAGAGUAAAGAUGAAGAUAUAAAUGAUGUGGAUGCUUGCUUUGAAAUGCAAUGUCACCAAGUUUUUAUUGGCAUGGUAACAAUGCAAUAUCAAGCCCAAACAGAUAUUGUUCAAUUAGUUGAAAAUUUAGAACGUGCCUGCAUACGUUUCGUGCAUUUCAGUAAAGAAAAUGAGUUACGGUCACGCGUCUUUUCUGAGAAAAUGGGUCUGGAAUCAGGUUGGAAUUGUCACAUAUCACUUUUAAGUGAAACUGAUGAUAAAACUUCUGCUGUAACUGCGCAAUCACCAAAAAGUACUGGUAAAAAAGACUUAACUAACAAUGCGACUAACAUGAACAUUAUUGAGUCAAAUCAUGCUAACACCACCACUACCACAAAUUUCAUUAUAACCCCCAAUCCAUUAAUAACUCAUCCUGAUGAUUUCACUAGUAUUCCCACUAUAUGCACAACGAAUCAAACUCAACCAAUAUCAAUUGCACAUAAUGUUGCAGGUACCAGCGAAAACGACGAAACUGACCUAAAUUGUCUGUUACCACCAGCAAAUCUAGAGUCUUCAAAAACACUAAGUUCAUCUGCGCCAGGCGCCAUAUCCAAUCAUAACUACAAUAUGUUGCGUGGUAUCAAUCCUUCCUCUUCUAAUGUCAGCCUUGUAGGCUCGAGAGAAUCAUUAAAUGAUAAUGAGCCCGAUAAUGCGAGCCUCAAACAACGUCGCCCUUCGCAAGACUCAGCUUUGGAUGAAAACUGUCGUUCACUAAGCAUUUUGACUGAUAGUACUGAACAUAGUGUGCCGGUAAAUUUCGAUAUGUCAAAUCGUGCAAAAUUACCUCGCGGCAUUGAAAAUAUAAGACCACAUUUGGAGAAAGUAGAUAAUGUGCCAUUACAAGUUUCACUGUUUACCGAUUGUUCAGCGGAAGCAACUGUCCAAAUGUUAGAUAUAAUGCAAUCAUAUGGUGAAAUUGUUGUUUGUCUAGGUUCUUCAGCUAGCCGAACUAAUGCUGAAAUAUUUCUGCAAGCUGAUUGCAGUAUAGCUGUAGAACCACUCUAUCCACAGGUCUGUAAGGAAAUGCCUGCCUACACUGAGGCCAAUUUACAAAAUAAUAAAUUACGUCAACAAACAUGUCAAAAGGGUUUAAGUAAUGAUAAUAAAUAUAGCGAUCCGUACGUUAAUGAAGAACUAUUAGAGAAUGGUGAGACUGCGCGUCCUAUGCAAUGUUUAGGCAAUACAAUUUCACCAGUUUAUCUAAGUCGUAUGCUUAAUUCACUGCCAUGUUCGAUAGCCGUCAGUCGGGAGGAUCCACUAUCUUUACUAGGCAUUAUUGAGUUAUCACGUCGUUUUUCUUCGGGUUUAUGGAAUUGCAUCCAAUACUGGGCAUGCUGUGCUGGUACUCUGUCAAUUAUCAAUAUGCUUAGUGCAUGUAUAUCUUUACCACCAAUAUUAACACCACUUAUGGUUAUAUAUUUAAUGUGUAUUCCUGUACCGCUCAUAUCAUUAGCAUUGGCACAUAUCGAUGUAGAUCCAAAGAUUAUGAAUCGAGCUACGGGCAAAAAGCAGACUGAAUACGAUACAAGAGUAUUUGGGUUCGUAUUAUGGUGUUAUGGCUGCAAAUUUUUAGCACCUAUUUUAAUUAUAAUUUUAGCUUAUUGUGCAUUUAUGGCUCAUCCAAUUGAAAUCAUUGACGUAGAUGACGAUGAUUUACACAUUAAUUUACAUAUAGCGAGAAUAUUCUCAUUUCUUGGAAUAUUGCUGCAUUUCGUGGUUAUAUCUGCAUCCUUCGUGCAUCGUGACCAUUCACUCUGGCAGAAGAGUCCAUUUCGAAAUCGCAUAUGGGCACUAACGUGUCUAUCACUUUUAACACUGCAUGGCAUUAUCUGCGCAUUGCAAGUACUUCUAGAUGAAGAUAUACACGAUGAAGUUUUUCAAUUAUGGCCUGCUAUAGUAUUUCUUUAUUGUGGUAUUUUGAUUAGUAUUUUUGUUACUGAACUAACAAAAUGGCAAGAAAUAAAAGUUAACACACGAUAUCAACGUAGAGCUAGACUAGAUUUUGGUACAAAAUUGGGCAUGAAUUCACCAUUUUAAGACUAAUCGUUAACAAAUAUCGUUAAAAAUUUUAUGAAAAAGACAAAAACAAAUAUGUGAAAGCAAAUGAGAUACAGUGACAAUAGCUUUAAAGACUCUAUUCUAAAUUUAAGUCAUAUAUGGAAAGACAUAUUUGUAUCUCAACUUUUGGGUUAGCUAUGGUCUAUAUUUGCUUUCUCGUAUGUUUAUGUGUUAAACACAGAAAUUAUUUGUACAUAGUUUAGAAUUUAAACAUUGUUCAUAUUGUUUAAGCGUAGAUUGUUUAAGCAUACAUAUAUUAUUUUGUACUUAU